UUUUUUUUUUUGGCACUUUUAGCUUCGGCUCUUCCGAGUCGCUGUUGUAGUUUCGGUAUCGGUUUUAGUUUCGGUUUCGGUUGACGCUGUCGCCGCUGCGCGCAGCAUUCAAAUUGGAUUUUAAUACACGGCCGAGCGUUCACGCGAGCGGAUUCACUUUUCGUAUGCGUUUUCAUAAGCCGCUCAGCAAUCCACAGUCAACAAUCAACAAUCAACAAUUCGAUAUUCGCGACAUUUGCUUUUGAGCAUUGCACGCGUUCGCGAUUGCGUAUACGUCGCGUUGUCCCCCGCCUGUUCGCCUCUCUGUUUGUCGACGUUGGCGUUGCUCUCGUUAAAGCAUCGCAUUGUUUGGACCUGGACUCGGCCAAUCGCUGAUGUACCCUCACCCAAACAGCGGCGCAUUGUGGGUGGCCAGCACAUUGGUCGCCCUUGCCCUGCGCAUCACAGCCAGCAGCGCUGAGACUCAGUCUCGGCCGCCUCUGCCGGCGCAGCUGGCUUGCGAUAUACCCAACGAAACAAAGCGUGGCGUUUGUGUACAGGUGAGCCAGUGCGCCGCCUAUUUACAGGUGCGCAAUGUGACGAAUUUGAGCUCGGAGCGCGUCAACUUUCUGAAGAAGGUGCAAUGCGAAAUGGAGACAACAGUGAAUGCAACGGCAAUGACAAUGGCGAACGCAACGGAAACAGCAAAUAUAACAGCAACAGCUGCUGCUCUUACGAUAGAAGAUGCUUCGUAUAAUCCGCUCGUAUGUUGCCCAGCCAAUGGCCAGGACUAUCUCUAUCCGGUUAUACAAUUCACCAAGUUUGAGUAUCGUCGCUUUCUGGAUGUCACCGCGCGCUUCAAGCGGAAGAAGUUGAAGAGACGCAUUCAAACCGUGGAGCCCAGCACCGGCUUCAAUCUGCUCAACGAGUGUGGCAAGCAGGUCACGAAUCGCAUCUAUGGUGGGGAAAUUGCUGAACUGGACGAAUAUCCAUGGCUGGCAUUGCUGGUCUAUCAUUCAAAUGAUUACGGUUGUAGUGGAGCUCUGAUUGACGAUCGACAUGUUCUGACAGCUGCCCAUUGCGUUCAGGGCGAGGGUGUGCGGGAACGUCGUGGCUUGAAACACGUGCGCUUGGGAGAGUUCAAUGUCAAGACGGAGCCGGAUUGCAUUGAGGAGCCCAAUUACUUAAGCUGUGCGGAUGCGGCAUUGGAUAUUGGAUAUGAGCAUAUCCAUGUGCAUCCGGAGUACAAAGAGUACUCGAGUCACAAGUACAAUGACAUUGCCAUAAUCCGACUGAAGCAUCCGGUUAGCUUCACGCACUUCAUCAUGCCCAUCUGUCUGCCCAACAAGACCGUGCAGACACCGCUGACUGAAGGGCAAAUGUUCUCCGUCUCCGGCUGGGGACGCACCGAUCUCUUCAACAAGUAUUUCAUUAAUACGCACAGCCCGAUCAAACUGAAGCUGCGCAUACCCUAUGUGUCCAGCGAAAACUGCAGCAAGAUGCUGGAUCUCUAUGGUGUGCGACUGGGUCCUAAGCAACUCUGCGCCGGCGGCGAGAAGGCAAAAGACACCUGUGCCGGUGACAGCGGAGGUCCGCUCAUGUUCUUCGAUCGCCAACACUCGCGCUGGGUGGCUUACGGCAUUGUAAGCUACGGAUUCACACAAUGCGGCUCCGGACCUGGCGUCUAUACAUCUGUGCUAAGCUAUAUUAACUGGAUUGAGAGCAUAAUCAAGAAAUAGAGAGGGAGUGGAAGAGGGACCAUAGAAAGGAGGAGAGAGCUUCUCUCUAAGGUGGUAUGAGAUGAGAGGGGGAGGAAUAGAUAGAAUGUUUUAUUGACGUCAAAUUCUGUAUAAAGCCAAUUUCAAUAGGUCUAAAAUUGAAAUCUGAACCUCAUUAAGUCAUAGAAGGGAGAGGGAGGAAAGGGUGGUUAGGCAAUAAAAAAUAUUGAUGUCAGUGAAUACUAGGGUUCCAAUUAGCCAGCAACUGGAUCGAGAGCACUACCGACCUAAAGAAAUAGAGAAAGCGAGAGAGAGGGAGAGCUAGGCAGAAAAGGAGGGCAGAGAAUGUAGAACGUUAACAUCAGAUUCUCAUAGACGAUACUAUAAUGGACCAGUAGCUGGUUUGAGAGCCAUAUUAACUCAUAGACGAGGAUGGAAUGUGGAAUAUUGACGUCAGAUUUGCAGGCGAACGUAUUUCAAUGUGCCGUUAACAGCUGGCGCCUAUACAAAAGGCGGGUUGCGGAGGGGGUCGGUAGCCAUUGGACUGAACUGUUUCUAAAUAUUUGUACAUAUUUUGCUAAUUAUCUAACAGUUACUUAGUGUGAGUGAGCGUGUGCAUGCUGUUGUGUCAGUGCAUGAGUGUGUGAGCGUGUGUCUGUAUGUAUGUGUGCUUUAGCAUGUGUGCGUGAGUUAACAAAAGUCUGAAAAACAUGUUUCUAUUGAAAUAAGCUAUUAAAAUAUUUACACACACUA